AUGGAUGUUGCUUCUGCAGCCCCGGCAAGAAGAAGAGAACAAAGGCGUUUGAAAGAAGCUGCUCGUGAUGCGAAAAUAAUAGAGAACUUACGGGCAAUAUGCACAGACGCUGAUCCUACGAAGCUGUAUCGUAAUAUGGUCAAAAUUGGCCAAGGUGCUUCAGGUGGUGUGUUUACGGCGCAUUCAGUGGAUACCAACAUGUCAGUGGCCAUCAAACAGAUGAACCUGGAAAAGCAACCCAACAAGGAUCUGAUCAUCAAUGAAAUCUUGGUCAUGCGCGAAUCGGCCCACAAGAAUAUAGUUAACUACAUUGACUCCUUUUUGCAUACCGGCGACUUAUGGGUGGUGAUGGAGUACAUGGAAGGAGGUAGCUUGACGGACAUUGUAACCAACAAUAUGAUGACCGAAGGUCAAAUUGCCGCUGUAGCUAAGGAAACUCUGGAAGGCAUCUCUCAUCUACAUGCCAAAGGCAUCAUCCACCGUGAUAUUAAGAGCGACAACGUGCUCUUGGGCAUUAAUGGUGAAGUCAAACUGACCGAUUUUGGAUUUUGUGCACGUCUGAAUGACAUGGACGCCAAGCGACGAACGAUGAUUGGAACGCCAUACUGGAUGGCGCCGGAAGUGGUCACUCGUAAAGAUUAUGGCCCUAAAAUCGAUAUAUGGUCGCUCGGCAUCAUGACCAUUGAGAUGAUUGAAGGCGAACCACCCUACUUACAUGAAAGUCCAUUACGAGCCAUCUACCUUAUUGCUACGAACGGCACUCCCGACCUUCAAAGCCCGACUACCCUGUCUAGUCUUUGUCGUGAUUUCUUGGCCAAGUGUCUGGAAGUGGAUGCUGAUGUGCGCCCUUCUGCCAGUGAAAUCUUGCAGCACCCUUUCCUUGCCAAGGCUGACAAACUCAGAAGCCUUGCACCGCUCAUUAAGGCUAGUCGUGAGGCAAGAAAGAAUGCUGCAAAAUAA